GGCGUCUGACACACAAAAUAGAGUCAUUCCAUUUGUCACAGACAGCCGUGGGCAUCCAGCCGUCUGUCUGCACACAGUUAUGUCACACACACGGGCUGGACGGAUGGAUUGCAGUGAGCCGAGGCAAGAAGCAGGCAGGCAGGCAGGAUGCAGACAGGCAGGCAGUCUGAGUUAGUGGGGAGGUCGGCCACCGAUGGGCGGCCUAUCGCUCUCUAUCGACUAGCUGCGGAUGUACGGCGUCAUGUGUGUGUGUGUCCGUCGUGCGGAGGCCGCCAUCCUUCUCGCUGUACACUCACUCGGCCAGCCAAUCUGUCGGUCUGUCCGUCUGCCCACCACGCCGAUCUGACUUAUCUCUCUUCCCAUAGCGGCGGGCCAGUCCAUCGCAUAGACAGUCAGGCAAACAGACAGACCAACAGCCAGACAGCUGGACAGAUUGGCUCCCUCCCUCCCUCCCUCCCUCCCUCUCGACUGUUUCUCCCCCCAUGGCGAUCGAUGUAUGCGACGUCCCACACGCACAUAGUCAGGCACAUUAUGUAUCACCCACCCAUUCACACGUCCGUGCUUCUACGUGCGCAGCCGGUUGUCGCUGUGGUUGCAGGGCGGCUAGUGAUGUGCCUUGUGGGGCGGGCGGCGGAGGGGCUCCAACGUGACGACGGGGCCGGGAGGCGGUGGGAAGAUCAUCCUGAUGGAUCCAGCACACACACACAAAGGAUAAUGUCAAUCAGCCGACCAGUUUGGCGUGUGUGCCCUUCCCACCGCACCAGGAAUGGCACAGCAACUCAUUCAGUGUCGAUCGCGCUUGGGGGUCGGUGGCUGUGGCUGUCUGGAUGAAGUUCGCGACCUCGUUGGUGAGCAGUCGGGCGUGGCCGGGGUGAGACAAUGUUUUCCUCAACGUCCGCCUGCACACAACGCACCACAUGACGUCUGUGUGCAGGCGUGUGUCUGCCGUGUGGGGUGGGGGCGUGUGUGUGGGGGGGUUGGGGUGUGCGGACCCUAUCAUGUAGACAGCCGCCUUAUCUGGGUCGAUGGUGUCGUCGCCCCUCUUCAUCUGAGCAGCCACAGACACACAGCGUUCGUUUUCAUCUGAGCGAUUGGGUGUUUGUGGAGUGUGUGCGGACCUCUGGUAGUGUGGUGUUAUCGUCGCCAACCAAGUCCAAAAAGCUCCUGACCGACCCGUCCUGCACACACCAAGACAACACCGGGGGUCACUCUGUGUGUGUGGGUGUAAUGUCUGUAAUGGCGGACGUCGUUGUGCUUGAAGAGAUUCAUUCCGCCACGCAUAUCCGCGAGUUUGACAGUGCCCCGACCAUCGACCAGAAAGUCCUUGAGGUCCCAUGAGCUGCAGACAGACCGACACACACAGAGAAGAUCCGAUGGAUGCUGUCGUGUGUGUCCCAUUUGUGUGUGUGCGCGGACUUGAGAUAGACGCCGAGCUUCUUGAGCUCGACCUGCGUCUCUAUCAGCUGCUCCGUCCAGAGGUGGGCAUCGUUCUCGCUGACGGGCGCACUCCGGGAGAAGAGGCGCCCGUGCAGCGUGUCGUAGUUGGCCAAAUCCUCGAACUCAAAGAAGGAAACAUCACGAUAAUGGUAUACCUGCAGGCCACAUCAGACACACACACACAAGCAGUCGAGUGUGGCCGGGUGAGCGUAUGUGUGUCCUCCCUCCCUCGCCCUUUGUGCUGUCCUUACCCCCCUCAGCCUCGCAAAGUGCCUCAUGCCCUCCCACUCGGCCCUCUCGAGCACCCCCACCUGCCGCUGCACCCUCCCCAUCCAGUCGAGCCCCUUGGUGGGGCUCUUGUUGUACACCUCCACCAGGCUGCUGUGCUGCCCCAGGCGGUCCUUCCUGGACGAGCGGGUGGUGUCCUGGGGGUGGGUGGCCUUGCGCUGCGCCGGGAAGUAGAAGGUGUUGGCGGCUCCGAUGCCUCUGGACUGGUCGUACUUGUACUUCUUGGGCAGGUCGAAGUACGUGCGGGAGAAGCUGUCGUUGUGGACGUCCUGCAGGUCAAAUUGCGGGGCGCGGAGGUAGUCGUAUGUGCCGAGCCCUCUCGCCAGGCCCAUUUGAGUGCGAUAACAUUCGUCGGGCUGGUGGAAGAAGCGGCGGAAGCGCCCGAACGGCACAAAGGUGUUGCUGCCGCUCCACAGGUCACCCAAAUCCAUCGCUAUGCACGUCAUACUGGUAAUGGUUUGCCGCCAAGGCGCAACGUCGACACCGAGUCGACACAGAUCUCGGCCAGCG